UCUGCAUUUUACUUAUAAAUGGACUUAGUUUUUCUUCCAGUUAACGUUACAUACAGUCUGCAGUUUAAGUUUUUAAAACAUUUAUUAGAUUCAUAAACUAUGCUGGAUUUUUACCAAACUUGGACAGAAGCUACUUACAAUCAAAAGAUAGUAUAGAGAGGAAUACUUUUAUUAAUUGUUUUCCUCAUUUUUGUUGAGCCUGCGAUUAACAGCAAAAGUAGGCGAGACACUAUGUUCCUUGGAACCAUUACGAAUUUUUCAUAUACGAACGGAUGCAGUAUAGAACGAUCAUAAUGUAGCAACCAGUAUAUUGCUUUUCAUUUGAAAAAGUGCUACACGUAUGUAAAUAUUUAACACGAAAUAAAAACAUAUUUUUGUAACCCAUCGUUGUAACAAGACUGUAAAACUCUUUCGCAAUAUGAAUUAAUGCUCAGCAGUUGGAAAACGUCAUUCAUACUACACUAUACAUUGUACGGAAGUUACAAUAGUAUAACUUAAAAUGAAAUAUUUAAUACGUUUAUCAUGUUUUUAUUAUUCCAAAACAGUUACUUUAAUUUUGUAGCCGUUAGCAAGAAUAGGCAAUAUACGUCUAUGUGAAGUGGAUGUUUACAAGACUAAAAAACUAGAUAGAAUAUCGCAAGAUGAGGCUGAUAAUGUUUUUUUUAAAUUGAAAAUACAAGGCUGGAUUGCAAGGGAAAAUACACUGGUAGAAUCGAAUACGAUGGUUCUGGUUGAAGAAAAAAUAUUGCAGAAAUCAAGUAAAGUUGUGAUAAUCAAAGGUCAGUCAGGCAGUGGAAAAUCUGUUUCACUUCAUCAUGUUGCAACACAGCUUCAACAUGAAAACGAAUUUCAAAUUAUUCCUGCCGAUUUACCUGAUCAGAUUAAAAAAUACCACAAUCCAAAUCGAAAACAAAUUUUCGUGUUCGAUGAUGUAUGUGGUAAAUAUUGCACCAAUUCAAGUAUUGUAAACCAGUGGAGGAAUUUAUCAGAAGAUAUUGAAAAAAUGUUGAAAGAAAAUACUCAUAUUUUGAUGGCAUGUAAUUCUAAUAUAUUAGAAGAUAUUAAGGAUAUAAGGAGUUUUCAAAUCGAUGAUACUGAAGAUAACGUUUUUGACCUUCAAAGUAAAGGAACAUGUUCACUCGAUUAUACACAGCGAAAGGAAAUAGCAGAUAUCUAUCUCGGACAGGAUAGCUAUGACAAUGAAAUUCUAACAACCGAAACAGAGUAUUUCCCAUUGUUAUGCCAAAUGUUUGCUACGCAAAACACGGGAAACAUAAGACAUUUUUUUGAAAUGAAUUUUUGUGACCUGCUAUCAUUAAAAACGUGCAAUGAUAAAACAACAUAUGCCGUACUUUGUCUAUUUGUUAUCACAAACAACCUAGUUUCAGAAGCUAAUACAACUUCAGAUACUUUAAAAGACAUAACAAAAGAAUUAAAAAUUAGGCCACCUUUAAGUUGGGAUAUAGCACAAACCCUACUGGAUGAUAUGUGCAAUUCUUAUGUUAGUAAAUUGAGGUGUCAAUACCGAAUAAUUAAUGAUAAAAUAUUUAAUCUUCUUAUAGCAUCAUUUGGUAGAGAUAUGUUUUUAUUUAUUUUAAAACAUGGUUGUAGUCAAUUUAUUCGAGACCGAUUUCAAUUGCAGUCUACUAGCCAAGGAGAUGAUGAAUGUAGCAUUGACGUUAUGCCUGAAAAUGAACCGUUGUAUUUUGAACGUUUAUUAAGAGACAUAUCCAACGGGUACGUCACUGAUGUAUUUAAAAACAAGCAAAUCGCUAAUGAAGUAUUUAGAAAAAACUUAAUAAGUCAUAUCAAGAAAAGUCCAAGUGCAAUUGAUGUUAUUCUGUCAUUGUCAGAAAAGAAAGAAUCCCCACUUUUAACUGCAUCGAAACAAGGAUAUCUUGAUUUAGUUGAAUAUUUUAUUGAAAUAGGGAUGAACGUCGAUGUCAGUGAUAGUGAAGGCAGAACCCCGCUGUAUCUAGCUUCUGCUGAGGGGUUUAAAGAUAUUGUGAAAAAUUUGUUAAACAACAACAGUAAUUGCAGCUUAUAUAAAAAAAAUUCACCUUUAUAUAUUGCAAUAAAAAAUGAUCACAUGGCCAUUGCCGAGGAACUUCUUAAAAAGAACGCUGAUCCCAACGACCGUACCGUUCGUGAAAUAAAACUUGACCUCAUUCUUCAAUUAUACGAAGAUGAAAGUUCUUUAAGUCUUGUUGCAUCAUCAAUUACUAACCGUACACCUAUUUUUAUUGCUUCAUUAAAAGGACGAAAACAAUGUGUCGAACUUUUACUAAAAUAUGGUGCAGAUCCUAAUAUGUGUGCUUACUAUAACGUAUCGCCACUUUAUGCAGCUGCAGAAGAAGGACAUUUAGAAGUAGUCAAUCUGUUACUUGAAAACGACGCAAAUGUAAACGAGGAAGCUGAUAACAAGAAAACUCCCCUUCAUGUUGCUUCAGAAAAAGGGCACUAUCAUAUUGUUAAACGUUUGAUCGAAGCUGGAGCUUUAAUUGACGCUUCAGAUGAUAAUGGAGCGACACCUCUUUUGGCAGCAAUUAAGAAUAAGAAAGAAAGUGUUAUACAACUCUUAGUAGAAAAUAAAGCAGAUCCUAAUAAAUUAGAUAAACAAGGCAAUUUUCCAUUAAGAGCGUCUGUUUCUCAACCUGAAAUCUCUAAAUUACUUUUGGACAACAAUGCAGACCCUAACUUAAUGAACGACAAAAAAGAAUGCGCUCUUUUAUUUGCAUCUGAAAAAGGAAAUAUAGACACUGUAAAACUAUUACUAGAUCAAAAUGCUGAUCCUAACAUAAAAACACUUGUAAAAGGCUCUUCGCUAUUUGCAGCCGUAGAACGGGAUUCAACGCAGAUUGUACAUGCUUUGUUAAGCUGCGGUGCAGACCCUGAUGAUCGAAAUCAAAGUAAUCAAUCCGUUUUAUCUGUUGCAUCUGAAUAUUGCAAUGAAAAUAUUAUUAAAAUGAUAAAGAAUGCUCGUGAAGGAAUAUUACCAAAAUGUAAUCAAAUAUCUGAUCCUUUGAAUUCAAGCAGCAAUCCCGAACUAACAGUUAUACAAGAAGAUGAAGAAGUCAAGAAACCAAUAUUGAAAGACGGAAAUAUUUACAGAAAUAAGUUGAAUGAAGUUACGAAGAUUGCACAAAAGGACACAGACGCUUCUUUAAAGCGUGGACUGCCAAUAUUCAGCGAACAAACACUUUUUGUCAAAGGAAAUAAGAUUAACCUCAGUUCAAAAACACUCAAAAAGCCUGUAGCUUCAAAAUCAAGAAAACUGCAAAAUUUUAAGAAUGUAGUACCUCCUCGACCAAAAGCAAAAGUAAAACAUUUUCGACCAUAAACAUUAUUAACGUAUUCGUCAUUUUUAUUUAGCAUGAUGCCCCUUAGCUUUUCAUAUGUGUAGUAGUUCAACAUUUUGGCAAUAACAUUAGAUUCUAGUGAAAUGGUUUUGAAAUUUUGUUUGUAAAUUAAAUUGUUUUAACAUAU